AUAUAUAUACAAGUAUUUUGUUUGUUUAGAACGCAGAUGUAUUUCUAAAUACAACUUUUAUUCGGUCAUAUACGGAAUUAAUUUUCACAAUGCAGUUUGUUCUUCUAUAUUUACUCUAUAUUUUUCUGCUUCUGUUAUUUUGUGAGGAAGCGCAGGCUAAUGCUGGCUUUAAUGAUAACACCAGCAGAAAUGAAGUUUCUUUAAGAAUACGGAGAGCACUGCGUCAAAAUGGAGACAUAUAUAUGUCACGAAGCUUUGCAGGAUGUCCAUACGGCUGGACAGCUGGUGACGGUGGAUGUUAUUAUAUGCCACUGCAGAAAGUGACAAGUCGAGAUACAGCGAUGCAGAAAUGUUUAAAACUUGGAGCUCAUUUGGUGACUGUCGAGUCGGAGAAAGAGAAUGCGUUUCUUUCUUUAAAGUUCAAAUAUAUAAGAGACCCUAUUUUAACUGGUGGAAUCAAAACGUCCCAAUGGGCAUGGGAAAAAAUCAGCGACAGACAACAAAAUUCCAGAAUAAAUUACGGACAUAUAAUUCAGGUUCCAAUAACACACUUCUUCAACUGGUUUCCAGGCUGGAGAGGCGAAAUAAAAUACGACGAUCCGAGUGACGGAAUUGACGAGAACUGCAUAUAUCUGCGCAGUAGAUAUAUUCACCCUGUGUAUGAGAACGAAGCCAAUCUUGACAUUUUCUACUGGAGUGAUGAUGUUUGUCUGAGUACAAAAACACGUCUAGAGGGCGGAUUUAGAUACUUGUGUGAAAAACCAAAGAAAAUUUCAAAAGAUGUUGUAAGAUGUGCUGAUAGUCAGUUUACAUGUGGCUCCGGUUUGUGUCUCCUUGCUUCAUCUGUAUGUGAUGGCGUCUGCCAUUGUUACCCAGACUGUGAAGACGAAAGGAAAUAUGGACCAUUAAGAUGUAACUAUGCGACAAUUUCGCUUGUGAAUGGGACUGAAAGUGAAGGUCGUUUAGAAGUCACAAUAAAUGGACAAAGAGGGGUAGUUUGUGAUGACUCAUUUGAUGAUAACGCAGCUAAGAUCUAUUGCAAUGUUCUUGAUUUCAAGUAUGGACAGGCAAUAACAGGCAGCGCAUUUGGAGAAGGGUCUGCUCCAAUAGUUUUAGACGAUAUCAAAUGUACGGGAACCGAGUCCUCUACAUGGAAAUGUAGAAAAAGUGAGUUUGGUACCCAUGACUGCGAUAGGUCAGAAAUUGUUGGAAUAAAAUGCAGCAAUGUGAUGCUAAAAGAAACGUCCGCGCAGCCCCAAUGUGGUAAGCGUCCAAGAACGGAAUAUUUCAAGGAAGAUAUUGCUCCAUACAUCAUUGGUGGGAUCAGACCGCCUAGACACGGACUAUUUCCAUGGCAGGCCGGUAUAAGAAAACGGCACAAACAUUUCUGUGGUGGAACCAUAAUCAAUAGACACUGGAUUUUAACAGCAGCACACUGUUUUUACGAGGAAAGACGGACAUGGUACUAUAGCUACUUAAGACAAUAUGAAAGGGUAGACAAUGACGAUUUUGUAAUACGAACGGGCGAUUACGACAACACGAAACGGGAUAAAUAUGAACAAGAAUUCAACAUAGCGCAUGUUGAAAUCCAUGAGUUUUACGACCCAGAAGAAACAGGUGAUUAUGACAUUGCAUUAGUGAAGAUCAAAACAGACGGUAAUGAAGGUAUUGACUUCAACGAUCAUGUUCAGCCAGCUUGUCUUCCAACGACCUCAACAGAAUAUAAGCAAGGACACAAAUGUUAUGUAUCCGGAUGGGGUGCUAGUAGAUACUCUAAUGUAUUAAAAAAAGUCACUCAAUAUCCAACCACUCUACAAGGUGCAGAGAUACCACUUCAGUCGGACGAAACUUGCUCAUCUAUCUAUGAGAAUCGUUUCACUACACGCAUGGUUUGUGCUGGAAAUCUGGAAGGUGGAGUAAAUGCUUGUUAUGGUGACUCAGGUGGUCCACUUGUUUGUAUGGAGAACAGUGCUUAUGUAGUCAUGGGAAUAACAUCAUUUGGAAGUACGGAGGGAUGUGCUUUACCUGACCUGCCGACAGUAUUCACAAAGGUUUCUCGUUUCGUACACUGGAUAGAGACACAUUGGUAAAACAUUCAUAAAUUGUUUGUACAUGAUAAUAAGUCUAAGGAUGAGAUUAUAUGAUAAACAUUUUUUCACGUAACCAUUUUACGGAAGGUAAUUAUAAAUCAGCCUUAAAGAUGGACGAAUUAUUAUGUUCUUGUAGCAUUUUGAUUAUCCCAUUUGGACCAAAUGGUUUUAUCCAGUUCGUAUUUUAUGUUUCCAAAAAAGUAUGUUAUAUGUAUAUGUUUAUCAUAUGUGUAAUUCUUACCAAUAAAGGGAAAAUGAUUA